ACAACACAGCAACGUGAUAUAAAAUAUGUUGUUAAUCCUAAUGGAAUGGUUAUUGUGAAAAAAAAUUAUCUGAAUAUAUACGUUAUUCCUUUCUGGAAUUAAAGAUCAUAAACUUAUUGACUGCAAGUUAAUUUCACUACUACGAGAAAAAAAAAAAGAAUGCAGGCGUACACACCACGGUCACGUGACCGCCAUUCCUACCAGCUGGCUGAAUGCACCUGUCUGAGCCGUACACCUCCGAGGAGGAGACAGAGGAGCGCCUCCGACCACCUGCUCCUACCGCUCCUGAAGACAGGUGACCAUGCCCUUGUGCUUAAUGAAGAAUGCUUCGAGGCAUUGAACGAUCUGGCAGCAUCGGUUUACGCCGAUCUUCAAGAAGUAGCAGCUCUGUAUUAUCUGUACUUGAGCCAUUGUCUGGAGUCUCCCCUGCCAGCCUCCUUCAUGGGGCCGUUGAUGUCCUUGCUCUUCUCCCCUCAUCCUGAUGUCCAGAAGACCACCUGUCUUUCCUUGGUCAACCUGCUGGUAAAGAGGAACGUGUGCGAGGAGCUGGCGUUUGAGAUGGGCGUGCUGCCUCCCCUGCUGGAGAUAGUGCAGGCUGGGGACCCGGGGGCCCGCUGUCACGCCUGUGCGUGUGUCACCAUGCUGGCCUCUUCAGAAUCAAACAGUGAUGCUCUUGUGUCGGAGGGAGUGAUACCCUUGCUGGUUCUAGCCAAGUCCUUUGAUCCUCAAGUCCAGCAGAAUGCAGCGUGGGUGCUGUUGAACCUCACACAGUCAGUGCGCUCCCGGAGGGUGCUGUGCCGGGCGGGGGCGGUGCCCGUGCUGGUGGUGCUGCUGCAGUGCGCCGACUCCAGGGUGCAGUUCUACGGCUGCUCCGCCCUGCUCCACCUGGCGGCGGACCCCGAGCACCACGCCCGCCUGCUGCACAUCGGGGAGCGCUACCUGCUCAAGGCCCUGCUCACGCUCAUGGCCUCGCCUGUCAGCAAGAAUGCAUGCCAAGCGUGUAAAUGCCUUGAAAUGCUCUGCAGAAAUGUGGCGGUGCAGGACCAGCUGCUGGAGCUGGACUGCGUUCGGCCCCUGAAGACGCUGCUGUCCUCCCCCGUGCUGCAGUGUGUGCAGUCGGCCCUCAUACUGCUGUCAGCCCUCGCCACACAUCCGGCGUUCCACGAGGUUCUGGUGAGCGAGGGCGUGUGUGACCUGAUGGGUCCGAUGCUGCGGCGCCACGGAUCCAGCUGUGAUGUCAUCCUGCACAGCUGCGCCAGCGUCCUCUCUCUGGGAGGCUCCUGCUUGGGCCGACAGGCGCUGAUGGAAAGCGAGUGUUUGCCCGGCCUUCUCCAGGCCCUCGUUUCCCCGGGGACCCCUGUGGAAGCUCUGAUUCGCCUCACUUCCUGCUUGCAUCGCCUGAUGUCCUUUGAGGCACUUCAGUCGCACUUGUCAAUAAUGAUGACAUCGGAAGAAGUUUUAAGACUGGUAAAAUCAUCCGGACCCAACGGAAAUCUUCAGCUGACAUACAACUGUAUCGCCAUCCUCAGCACAUUACAAAUGAAUGGGCAAGUAAUCGGAUUACUGAGACCGCACUACCGCCUCUUGAUGGGAAUCAUCGUUUCCUUGUUCAAGAACCAGGAGCUCAAAUUCCAGCACCUUGGCAUUACAGCGCUAUGCAACCUCAUUCAAGAUGCAGACUUCAGGGCGGUGCUGUCGGGCAGCGAGCUGGAGACGGAGGUGCUUCGGCUGAGCGAGCGGACGGAGGAGACCAGACAGCUGCUGAGCCUCACCGGGAUCCCUCCCGCCUCCCCUCAGGAGCCCUGACCCGCGCGUGGUACCCCCCCGGCGCGGCGCAGGAGUCCACACCUUUUUUAUUCACGGCCAAUUUGUAGCGUUUCUUUUUUAAGUAUCUUUUAGCAAUUUUUACAUCUCGAAGUAUAGUCAUUUUGCAUGCAUUUUGAUGUGUCUCUACGAUUUAUAUCGUUUUUUUAUGCCGUUUUUUCAUUUUUAAGUAAACUGUCAUUUUGCAUACCUUUUGUUAUGUCUCCGUCAUCUGUAAGGUUUCAAUCAGCACAGAGACAUGGGGCUUAAGGUCGAGUUUAAUCUAAUAUGGCGUACAUGUUCCAGUUUUACCAUGGGUUAUAAGGAUCCACUUUACAGGUGUGAUAACUAGUGGUGGCAUAUCAGGAAGAUCAAACACACUUGGAAAGGUUGCAUUUAUGGUAACACUUUUAACAUAGCAAUAAACCGACUUAAGCCCUACACCUAAAGCUUUGCAUUGUAAAAUGAUUACCAUUUUUAAAUAAAAUAACACUUUAUGCACAA